UAUUGAGCGUGUUAAUGGCGCGAAUCGUUAUUUCGAUCGUGACAAUUUUUAAUAUUGUAAUUUAAGUUGUUUUUAUUGUGCUACCUUUUGUGCCAUAACAAAAUAAUAAACAUACAUUUAGUUUUUACAUUUUGUUCGCAAGUUGUAUCUUCAGUGAUUGUGUUACGGGACUUAAAAAGUUUGUUUUUCUUUUGUUAAGUUUAGUUAAUUUUGCUACUUGGAAUUUUAUUGGAUAUGUGGGUAGUAGCAGCUAGAUAAAAGGGGCCAACGCACUCAUCUGAUGUUAAGGGAUGCCGCCGCCCAUCAUUGCCAGUAGCCUCGCAAAUGCGAUGCCGGAUUUUUAAGAAUUGGACGGAGCGCAAAGCUGGAUUCAACAAAAUGGAUUCAGAGAGCCGAAGUGAGUCGGCGUUGAACAGUCCGACGGAACCGGAUGUUUCGUUAGCGGCUUCCAUCACGGAUCCGUUGGAAGCCCACACCCUUGAUGAAGCUAGGAGAACCAUCAGAGAUCUUCGUAUGAAAUACCGUGCGCAGGCGCAUCAGCUGUUAACAUGGCGUCGAGCGCAUCGUACUCAAGAGGAACUAGUCAAUCGUCUGCAAAUAGAGAAAGCUGAGCAGUUAAAAAUGCUAUCCAGCCAACUUCUUCUCUUCGAAUCUCGUCUGGUUCGUAAGCAGAAAGAGAUAACCAAUAUGCUUGCUCUUCGUGAAACGAUCAUCAUGAAACAGCAAAAAGUUAUCGAAUCCCUUCAAGCUAAACUUCUUGAUAAUGGUAUUGAUACCAUACAACCCAUUCCAGAUUUUAGAGACAUGCUUCUUGAUUCGAAUACAGGAGAUUUUGAUUCCCUAAACGAUUCCGAUUCCGCUGUAAUAAUGGAAGACGUGGAUUCCGAUUGUUGUAAUAUUUCCAACCUACCUAGGUUCCGUUCCAUGAAUCCAGACAGCGUUACCGUCGUUCGAUCGAUCUCAGAUGCCAUAGAUCCAAAUCUAAAAUACAACGCCAGGCGUUCCAACGGCUUUUUGCGUCGGCCGGAAAUUCUGGAAACAGUUUACAGUGUUGAGGAAGAAGCGGACAACGAAUCCACAAAGGCCCUUAGUGCUCAAAACAGCACAGAAAAGGAUAUAAAAGACGCGAACAAAACUGAUGAACAGAAAACAAAGGAAGGCAGUCUCCUUGCACAACGACGUGAUAACUUCCGCAUGAGAAGUAUAGUUCUUACUGCGGAGGUUAAAAGUAUAGAUAGUGAUAAGGAGAAACCUAAGCCUUCGGAUUCCUGGGCCUACAGUUAUGUGCCAAAGAGGAUGAUGCCUGCAAAUGAGUCAGAUGAGGAAGUCUCCAAUGCUGAAACCGAUGAAGAGGACCCAGAGCCUAAGUCAACGCACGUUGUUACGUACAACAGAGUAAUGUCGAAUCAUAGAAAUGUAACUAAGCCGAAAGAUGUGAAAUACAAGAGGAUAAAUAAAGCGAAAUCUAAGAGCUUAGAAGAGUUGAGGGGGAGGUUAAAGAAUUGGGUGGACAAGGGGAGUAAAUUAUCCAAUAUUCCACUGGAGCAUGCUCAAAGUUAUGCUUGAAUAAAGUUCCUUAUGAGGCUGGGUUCGGAUAAAGGCUAUUGUGAACGGAUUGCAGACUAGUGAAUAUUUCUUGCAGAAUCCCAUUGUACCCCCAUUUGCUGAUUAAGUAAAAUAGGAAGUCUGGCAUCCGCUUGUUCUAGACGCAUUUAAAUUGAGUAAGAAUAAAUCUCCUAAUUUGAUUAUUGCUUAUAAAUUCUUGUCAUAGUUAUUUGGAUAUGGGCUUGUCCAACCUAUAAAUACAUACAUAUUUACAAAUGGUAUUCUUGAUACUCGGUUAGUUUCUAUGUGAUUACUACUUUAAGGUAACUUAAGAUUGAGCUUUGGCAUUUCUCGCACGACUGAUAAUUAAAUUCACAUUUUAAUAAUGUAUUUUGGGAACUUUUUUUAUACGAAAAGCUUGAAAGAUUUAUCAGAUUAGUAUCCACACUUUAAUAUUUUUUUAUGUGGGUAGAACUGAACAAUUCGAGUUUUAUCCGCAAAUGUAUAAAUCUGAUUAAUUAGAGAUAAUCUUCCGAAUUUAUCCGAGCUGUCAAAACUUUGCUGAAUUUGUCAAAGUAACUUUUUUAUAAUGGAAGCCACUUAACUGAGGCGUAAUACAUAAAUCGGACUUUCAGAAAAAAACUUUUCUCUAUAGACUACCAUACUGGCAUACUGGAUAAUAAAUUAUAUUUUUUAUAAACUUAAAAUUACGAGAAAAUAAAAACAUCACAACUUUUAUUUAUAAACUCAAUAGAUUUUGGAGUUAUAGUAUUAUAAAUUAAGCUAUGAUUAUAUAAUGAUGGAAUUGAACAGUUUUCUGUGAUUAGAGUUUUAUGAAAAAUAUUGUUCAUUUGUGCCAAUUAAAUAUUGUAUCUCGCAAAAUACAUUUCGCCGUAAGAAAGAUAAAUUUUCUUGUCAUUGAUGGAAUUUCAGCGUCGUGAUUUCCGUAUGUCAAAUUCAAUAAAUUUAUAAGAAGCCUUCUGGGAUAUUUACUUAAUUAAAACUAGAACCUUUAAUAAAACAUAGUAUUUUUGGCCCACUACCAAUUUAAAUAGUAGUUAUAGAUGAUAAAAGUGCCAAGGUAAAAACUUUUGUUCAAAAAGUAUUUUUCUUGUAAAUAUAUCUGUCACUUACUUGUGUAUAGCAAAAAGUUGAAAAUUUCUUAAUUUAAUAAAAUUGCUUUUAAAUCUAAGAAAUUGUGAAAUUAUGACCACCAAUUCAAUUAUCUGCUCUGUAUGUUAGCAAUAAACAUGUUGAUGAAUUUUGAUAAAGCAAAAUUCGUGAACAUGGACUUCGAACAUUAAGUGUAAGAGAGUCGGCGAUUCUGCAAAGUAUCGCUAUCUCUUUCUAGACAAAUUUAAUGGUGCUAAUUUGAUAAAAAUUCAUUUCAAUAUAAACUUCGUUUAAUUUGUUGAUUUUGAUUGUUAAUUAAUUCUUUAUUAAGUCAAGAUUAGCACCAGUAUUUGUAGAAAUUGGAAAAUUUCGAUCUCAGUACUAUUAGAACAGUUUAUAUAUAAAAUACUUCAUAAAUUAUACACUGUUAAUUGCUUACCAAAAGCUUACGAUUUAAGUCAAUUUGUAAAUAUCACGCAGCUUAAAAAUGUUCAAAUUUAGAUUGCUGAAUAAAUAUAUUUA